AGAUAACCAAAUAAUUUUAUGAAUUUCUAUUAACAUUUACAGCAUACUUUAAAUGACAGGAAUACAUGGAUCAUACAGAAAAACAUAAGUAAAAGUAUAACUUUGCCACAACACAGAAAAUGCAGAAGUAGCGGAGAUUACACAAUGAGGAAAGAUAUUUAUCGGAUCCUAAAAUAAGAACAACUUCUCUAUAUCUGAGAGUGCAUCAGAAAAAUUGCAAAAAGACUUCCUGAUAUGAUGAUGAUCUAGUUGUGUGAUAAUGAAUUCUUUAUCACUAUAGUGUGCACUUAUGUUGUUUUUAGAUGUCUUUUGCUUGUUUUAGAGCUACAGUCUUCAAGUAAGUAAGUUAAAGUACAUCUAGAGUCUGUGGUCUGCAGCCUUUCCUCAUGACAGGAAAUAAAAAGGAGAAGACAAAAAGAAAGUCUGCGUGUGCCUUACGAAUCAUCGAUCUAAACAUACACACACACUGGUUUGAAACACUGAAACUGUCUAGACUUCUCAGAUGGUAGGUGGCACAGCACAUUUGUGCAGUAUACACAGAACAGAGGGACCAGAAAACUCCAUAAGAACUCCACUGGGACUAAGAGAUAAUUCUCUCCAUGGACAGAAACGCAACUUUCCCCCUGUUCCUUGGCAAUCACAGCCACACCAACAUCACUUGUUCCCGCGACAACAUUUUGAAGACUGUGGUUUUUCCUGUUCUCUACUCCUUCCUCUUCUUGGUGGGGUUGACUCUUAAUGGCCUGGCAGUGUGGGUGUUUUUACGCAUCCCCUCGCGGUCACACUUCAUUAUAUACCUGAAGAAUAUUGUGGUUGCGGAUGUCAUCAUGACUUUCACAUUCCCUUUUAAGGUGUUAGCAGACUCCAACAUGGCAUCCACUGGCUUGCGUAUAUUUGUGUGUCGAGUUUCCUCAGUGCUCUUCUACCUCACCAUGUACAUCAGCAUCCUCUUCUUUGGCCUCAUCAGCAUCGAUCGCUGCAGAAAGACCCUCAAGCCCUUUAGGGGGACGAACGCAGCCAGGUUGACCCGUCGGAAGCUCCUCUCCGGAGCCAUCUGGACCUUCCAGCUGCUUCUCUGUCUGCCCAAUGUGAUCCUGACUCAUAAAACCCCAUCUUCACCAGACUUCAAGUGCGGUGACCUGAAGACAAAAGCUGGCUUGAACUGGCAUGAGGUAGUAAAUUAUGUCUGUCAAGUUAUCUUUUGGGGCAACCUGGUGACUGUAAUAAUAUGUUACACCUUAAUCACCAAAGAGCUGUAUAAAUCCUACUCCCGCACAAAGUCUCACGGCACUGGAGAGACUAUAUGUAGAGAACCGAGCAGGGCUACAACCCGGAAGCCCCAACAGGAAAAAAGAAAAAUGAAUGCAAAUGUAUUUCUAGUUCUGGCAGUGUUCUUUGUGUGCUUUGUGCCGUUUCACUUUGCCCGUGUACCGUACACCUUGAGCCAGACCCGAGGCCCUCUCUUUGAGUGUAAACUCAAACUCUUCUUCUUUCAGUUGAAGGAAAGUACGCUCUUCCUCUCAUCCCUAAACUCUCUUCUGGACCCUCUCAUCUACUUCUUCCUCUGUAAGUCCUUCAGGACAACUUUGUUCAAGACCCUGCGGCUGCCCCCUGGCACCUGUAGCUGCCUAACAAGGAGAGGGUCAGACACAGACUCAGGUAGCACCGCCAUGAGAGACUCCUCAGUCUGUACAUAGAGCCACUGGACAUGAUAAAAACUCUAGUAAUGUGGUAUCUGAAUGUGCAGCUUCUGAUGGCAGAUGACAUCCAAAUGCAGCUUUGUGAUUGAACAUCAAAGGACAUACUGCCGCUGAUGUAUUUUCUUCCAUUUAAUCCGUUGUGACUUGUGAUUUUUCAUUGAAAAACGGUUAAAAAUGAUGAACACAGUUUUGCUGAUGUUUGCUUUCUCUUGUGUCAAACAUAAAGAGCAGAUGCCUGCAUGUUUUCUUUGGUUUUCUUUCUGUUCUCUAUUCCAGUUAAUAACAAGAUAAAGUUUCUAUUCUAUUUGUUUUUUGAAAACAAAUAGAAUAUUUUGUAUUUUUGUAUUUUGAAAAGAAGAAAUGUGAUGCAUCCAUUUACAAUGUGAAAAUAAAUCCAAUUUCAAGGCAAUCCUCGGUAUCCCUCACGGGUGGUUGAUCUGUCUAAAAUUCCUAUAGUCUUAAAAACAGUCUUAAAAUCUGUCUUAUUAUUGU